UCUGGAUGGCAUGGGCGCAUGGCAGUUCAACUUUCUGUAAAAAAAAAGGAUUUUUGUUUUCUGGUUGUAUUUUUUGAAUAUUCUUCAUUCUCUACCCUCUCUAAUAUUUUCGAUAGUGUUGAAAUUUAUUCGUUUUUCAGGAUUAUUCGACUACAGUUAUCACGUUUCAAUAAUUCUUCAGUUCAGGAAAUAAUUUCAACAUUUCAAAAUGGAUUCGACCCUUACAACAGAUCAGAAAAGUCUUACCGCAAUUUUCAAUUCAAAAAAAUCCAUGUCCUUAGAAGUAAAUUCAAAUGAGACGAUUGAUUUGGACACAUUACCCACAAUGCUAAUGGAUUUCGUCGCAAUAUCUUGGAUAGGUAAUUUUGAAGGAUUCUCUGCAAAAAAUAUUCCAGCUAUAAAAUUAGCCGAAGAACUUAUUUCGAGGAAAAUAACCGUUCUUCUUCACAUUGCCUGUAGAAACUUGAAUAAAGUAUCAGCUAUGAAUAUUUUGAUGUACAUAAGACAUAUUGGUAUACGAAAUAUAUUAGCCCUUGAAGGAGAAUCAAAAUACGUUACGGAGAAAGAUCUUUCUGAAAUGGACUUCCCUUAUACAAGUCAUUUUGUUGAAUUCAUAAAGGAGAAUUUUGAAAAUUUUUUCACCAUUGGAGUUACUGGAUAUCCCCAAAAGCAUCCACGUUCACGUGACAUGAAUCAGGAAUUGGAAUUUUUGAGAUUGAAGGUUUCCAAGGGAGCAGAUUUUAUUUUAACACAAGGUUGCUUGGAUAAAAGAGUCCUAUCUGAUUUUCAGAAAAUGUGUAAAAAUUUUAAUAUUUCUAUACCUAUUGUGGCGGGAACCUUCUUACUAAGGUCUACUAAUCAGCUUAAUACUCUGAAGAAAUGCAACGUUUCAGUGGAGAAUGAAUUGUUCAGAUUCCGUGAUGAGUUGUCGCAGAACUUCGAACCUUUCUUCAGAAAUCUGUUCAGGGAAAUUGGUGAAAUGGUUCUUGAUGAAAAUGUGGAGGAUUUUGCUGGAUUACACAUAUUUUCUUUUAAUGAUAAGAAUUAUAUUUCAGAAGUCAUGGGUGAAUUCGCCUAUUUUGCAAGACGCUUUAAUAAAGUUACUUCAAAUUAAUAUUCGUCUUAUUUUUG